AAACAACAAAUUUUUUUUUCUUUUUUUUUUUUAAUAUAAUAAAUUGUUAAAUUAGUAUAAAAAAUAGUAUUUGUAGUAAUAGUAAAAUAGAUAAAAAUGGAAGAAAAGAAAACAGGAGCAGCAGCAGCUUUAGCAUUAUUAAAUCAAAAAUUCCCAGUUGCUGAUGUCAUUGCAGGAACCAAGUGCGAAAGAGCAAUAAAGUGGGAAUUAACAAUUGGUGAUGACUUAACACCAAAAUGGACCCAUAGUAUUGUUUGUGUUUCUAUCGAAAAAACACCAUUUGCAAAAGGAAGUUGUAGAACUGCACAUAAAUUAAAAGAUUGGAGCCAUCCAGAUCAAGGAUUGGUCGGCAAAUUUUCAACCAAUAAAAAAACGACAAGAGAUUCAUAUUUUACAGAUGUUUUAAUGCAAACUUUUUGUGCAAAAUGGGCUGAAAAAUUCAAUGAAGCCAAACCACCAAAACCAAUUACAUUUUUACCAUCUUAUGUAUACGAAUUAAUUGAUCAUCCACCACCAUAUCCAGUUUGUGGUGGUGAACCAUUCAUUGAAGGUGAUUAUAAGAAACAUAAUAACAACAGUGGUUAUGUCAGUUCAGAUGCAAGAAAUACACCUCAAUCAUUUUCACAUUUCUCAUACGAGCUUUCAAAUCACGAACUUUUAAUUGUUGAUAUUCAAGGUGUAAAUGAUUUCUAUACAGAUCCUCAAAUUCAUACUAAAAAUGGUGAAGGUUUUGGUGAGGGUAAUCUUGGUGAAACAGGUUUCCACAAGUUUCUUCAAACCCACAAAUGUAAUCCAGUUUGUGACUUUUUGAAAUUAAAACCAAUUAAUCAAUCAAAGAAAGCUCUUUUAAGAGGAACUUUACCAGUUGUACAAUUAAUGGAUUUCCACGACGCAAUCGGUUUGAAUGGUAAUAAUGGUAGUCCACAAAAGAACUAUGAUAUGAAUUACUUUAGAAAUGGUGGAGGUGCUCAACAACCAAUUUCAUUAGAUGACGAGGAAAAAAUGCUUCAAGAGCAAUUAGAAAGAAUUAGAGCUCAACAACAAAAGAAUAAACCUGCUCCACCGUUAGUUAAACAACCAUCAGGCAACAAUUUAAAUAAACAAUCAGCAGCAGCAGCAGCAGGCCAACCAAUCUCACCAAAACCAGCAAUUGUUAAGACACCUUCACAAGGCAAUGUAAAUAAACCAAUUUCACCAUCAAAAGAAACAACAACUACUGCAGUAGUAGCAGCUGCUACACCAGGUGGUAGUAAUGUAAAAGUAGAAAGUAGCGCUCCACAACCACAACCAGCUCAUCCAGCUCCAGCAGCAGUUUCAGUUCAAGUUAGAAACUCACCACCACCAUCACAACCAAUUUCAUCAGGUUCAUCAUCAUCAACCACAUCAUCGACCUCAUCAGUUCAAUCAGGUUCAUCACCAGACGAACAAGUGGUACCAGAUCGUUCUGCUUUUGAAAAAUGGGACUUGAAAACAAUUAGAAAUCAUGAUACUAUCAGAGGUUUACAAAGUGAAUGUAUCACUGGUGAUUCAUCAAAAUUAUUCAGUGGUUCAAAUGACGGUCAAAUUGGUAUUUGGGAUUGUAGUGGCGAAAUUAAACAUAUUACUAACAUCAAGGCUCAUGGUAAGUCAGUUAGAUCAAUCAUUAAACGUCCAAAUUUCGAAUCAAAUAUUUUAACAGCUGGUGCAGAUUCAUACGUCAAAGAAUGGGAUAUCAACACUCAAACUGUUGUUAAGGAAAUUAAAGAGUCAAACGAAGUAAACACUAUUUUCAUUCAAGAUAAUCUUUUAUAUACUGGUUGUAACGAUAAAACCGUUAAAGUCUGGGAUAUGAGAAACUAUGAGUGUGUUAAAACUCUUAGUGGCCAUACCCGUGCUAUUAAAUCUGUAUGCGCUUUAGGUAACCUUUUAUUCUCUGGUUCAAAUGAUCAACAAAUCUACGUCUGGAAUCUUCAAACUGGUACUAUUCUCACCAAUUUCCAAGGCCACGAGGGUUGGGUUAAAACUUUAUACACUCACAACAAUAUGCUUUAUUCUGGUAGUCACGAUGAAACUAUCAGAGUUUGGGAUCUUAAAACUACUCGUUGUGUUAACACCAUUAAAUGUAAAGAUCGUGUAGAGACUUUACACGUCACCAAUCAAGGUAUUUUUGCUGGUAGUGGUGAUUAUCUUCAGGUUUUCAAUCACGAAAAAUAUGAAAAUUUAGCUUCUGUAAAUACAAGAUCUUCAAUUCUUUGUUUAUGGAGAAAUCAAAAUCAAUUAUUUACUGGUUCACUUGCAAGUAAUCUUAAAGUUUGGACUUGGGAUAAUAUGUAAUUUAAUAGUAUAUUAAUAAUUAUAAAAGUAAUAGUAAUAGUAGUAACAAUAGUAAUAAUAACAAAAAUAAUUUAUAUUAAGAUUUUUUUUUUAAAAAUAAAAAAUCACACAAACAAAAAAAAAAAAAAAAAAAAAUUAAUAACGAUAUAUUAUAAAAAAUAUUAUUAUAAUAAUAAUAUAGAAAUAAUAACAAAAAAUUAUUUAUUUAUUUAUUUAUUCAUUAUAAUAGUAAAAAUAAUAUUUUAAAUAAAAAAAAAUUUAUAGUUUUUAUAAAAAUG